UCGGCUCGCGAACCUCGGACCCGUCAUUCCCGCGAAAAAUUUUGAAUCUAAAGUGCCAGAGAUUAAACCGCGAAAAGGGCUUGACAAGAUUUCUGAAAGAGUUCAACCCGCGAAAAAUGGCGAAUCGCGAGUGACAAUUUUUUUUUACCCCUCAUCAUCUCCUGGAUAACAAUCUUCUUCUUCCGUUAUUUUUCUAUUUAUUUCGCAAUAAUUCCCAUUUGCCGAUUUUUUGGUGAUUUAUCAUUGACUUUUAAUUGUGAUUUUUUACGACUCCAAUUAAAUUGUUCGACGGGAUUUUCCGGUUACGACGGAUCUCCAACUCUCGUGUCGCGUGUGCACACACCGGAAAUAAUAAACUCUUUAAUUGGAUUGGAGUACAUCACAGCAAAAUUUCAAUGAGAUAGCAACCUGGUUUGAAAAGCGUCAAUCAUUCUGGAUCUUGAUUUGACUUAAUGGAUCGUGACUAAAACCAAAAAAAGUUUUUAAAAAAAAACCACCGACUCCGAUCCCCGCGAGAAUAAUUCUCGAAUCCUCAUACAUUACCGAUGAUUUAAUAAGACUCCAAAAGUGACUCUCGCCUACAUACGAAUCCGUUGGCUCGCGCCGGUUGCCUUUUACCAGGCUUAUGGAACAGAGUUGAUUGACCUCCCCGACGCUCGAGACUUGAGGUAGAAGUGCGUUCUGGUGGUUAAUAAAACCAAAAAAUAAGAGUAAAAAAAAAGCGGGCAUUAAAAAAUAAAAAUAAAAUAAAGACGGCGAACACCACAGGCCGCCGUCGACGAAAGAAAGCGAGGGGAAGAAAAAAAAAUCAGGAUAGUACGUGAAAACGACAUAACUCGCGACUUGGACGACGAGGAGUGGCCGAGAAGAAGAAGAGCAAAUUGGUGCUCGUGAUACCAGGAGCGCAUGAAAGGUGUGGAGGAGGCAGCGCGACCUGGUGGGACGCGUUCGCAGCGUUCCUCCGGUCCCAACGAUCUCUCACACGAUUGGCCCAACCCUGGGUCCCACGGUGGGGCGUCACGGGCCCACACAGCCCCCACCACCGGCUACGGGCCCACUGUGAGACGACAGUCGUCCCACGACAGCACCGGCGAACCACAGGCCCCACCCGAGGCCACGGAAUUACAUUUCAAGGUCAUGCUAUUGGGUGACAGCGGUGUGGGAAAGACCUGCCUUCUCACGAGAUUCCGGCACGGUAGAUUCCUCUCGGGGAAUCACAUAAGCACGGUUGGCAUAGAUUUCAGGAACAAAGUUGUGACAGUUGGAGAUACAAGGAUCAAGCUCCAGAUAUGGGACACCGCGGGACAGGAGAGAUUUCGUAGUGUGACACACGCGUACUACAGAGACGCUCACGCGCUGCUAUUGCUCUACGACGUGACGAACAAGACUAGUUAUGAUAACAUCAGGGCAUGGCUUGGAGAGAUCCGGGAAUAUGCUCAGAACGACGUUGUCAUCAUGCUACUAGGGAAUAAAGCGGAUUGUGGAACAGAGAGAAUGGUGAAGAAAGAGGAUGGAAAGCGUCUGGCUGAUGAAUACGAUGUUCCAUUCAUGGAGACUUCAGCCCGGACUGGAGCUAAUGUUGAACUGGCAUUUUUCGCAAUUGCAAAGCAGUUAAAGGCUCGAAAAAAUGUGGACCCUGACGACACGAAGUUCAACGUUCAAGAUUAUGUUCGCGAACAAUCUCGGAAGAGUACCUGUUUCAUGAGCAAUUGCCAGACAACUUGAAUCGAUCGAUUGAUUCAUUCAGUUUAAUGACGAUCGAUAGGUACAAUUGAAGGGUGAAUUCAUCAGAAAGGUUGUGGCAUUAGAUGUUAUAAUCGAUGUUGUUGUUGGUAAUUCAAGCUGUUCUGAUUCAUCCAUUUGUUGAUUAUUAUUUGACUCCACUUGUCUGAUGAAUUAUCGAAAGAAAAUACGAUAGGGGAUGGAAAAAGAAAAGGGACAGGCUCCUGAAUAUCAAAUAUACGCAAAUAUUAUCGUCUACUUUAUUAAUUGGAUGUAAAGUAGCUUCGCUUCAGCAAAAUUGAGAGACCAAACUGAUUUCAUUAGUCCAUGCAAAUUAACGUGGGUUAAUGAGUAAAUUAAUGAAUUAUCAAUAACUCUGGUAAUUCCGAAACGAAAUCUCGUAGAUUGAUGUCAAUUGUUGUACUAUCGUUUCACUUUCUUGGUUCAAUCAAUUGAAAACACGAAUUUACAAAUGUCAAGGACCAAAUUCAAUUUUUUUUUUUAUGCACAAUCUGAUGUUUGAGUGCACAAUUUUUUUGGUGGUAGAAAAUUAUUGUCAGAUUAGUCUUGUUACAGCUUAUGGUGAGAACCGAAACAUUCUGAACUGAUUUUAUGUUUUGGAAAAUUUUAUGUAAAAAAGUGAAUAAAAAAAAACAGAUUAAAACGUGUCUCCGAGUGGAGUUGCAAAAAUAA